AUGGCCUUCGACACAGCAAUUGACAGCAUCCAGACUCUGCUUGUCUUGGAAGAGCUGGAUGUCCCUCCCUCUCUCGAGGAGCUGAAGAUCUUCAUCCAGAACAGCUCUUCUUUAUUUAAACUGUCCGUUUCCAACAUCGACUUGCAACAGAAAAAAAACAAGUGUGGGGCUAAGAUCAGUGAGCUCAACUGUCUAACUUUAUACUUUAUGUAAAUUCUGAGGGAGCCUUUGGGAGUGAGGAGAGCAACUGGCCAACAAAUGCAUUGAAAUGUAAAUGAUUAAACAACCCAUUUCUGCAUGCAAAUCAUCUUCACUAUGCAAAGUUGCACUUUUUGUUGUUGCCUCUUUAAACUUGCUUUAACAAUUAUUUUUUGGCACCAUCAAUCACAACAGUGCUAGGAAACAUGGAGCAGGUCAACAUUUGGCACAUUGGUAGACUCCAUCAGGUAGCUCCUAUAUCCCAACUUUCAAGUUAUUAGUUCAACAGGUGCCAUUUUUAUAAGCUGUAUAAUUUUGAGGCUUACAAUGUACUCAAGGCACACUCCCAUGCCCCUUUAAUAUGCCAUGACUCCACAAUGUUCAUUCUUGCAGCUUGUUUUUCUACAAUAAACAAUACAACCCCUGCUACAGAGAGCUACAACCGUGGAAGCUGGUUUCAGCUAUUCAAGCAUCCAAGGCAUUAUGCACCUUCAAUAUUAGAACUGAUGCAAUAAAUGAUAGACAAGGGAAAUGAUAAGGGGCAAAAGCUUUCCCACAUUGUAUAAAUGGUUAUAUAAUUUAUAGUGAGUGAGUAGUGUGGACUAGAUUAAAACUAAUAUUUCCUUCCAAUGGAAAAAAUCCUAUCACGGUAAGCUGGGUAUCACAGGAACUUAAGUCAACAAGCUAAUGACUGACUUGGUCAAGGAUUGAUUAACUGUUACUUUAUGUGUUAUGUUUGGAUAUCAGCAAGUUUCAAAAAAGCAUGCACAUUUAAAUGAAGAAUGACAGAAUGGUUAUUCAUUCUCAGAUUCAUGUUUUGCAAAGCCACAAUGCCAGUUUGACUCCAGGAACGUGUUCUGGGAAGGGGCACUCAUGCCACCAUUCUGACAUUUUAGUACACACAUUUCUGUGGAUGGUAAAUAUUAACUCAAGCCCAUAAAUUAACAGAGCUGCUCUAAGAGCAGGCAUCUUUCGGACAUAAAAAGGUGCAGUGUGCACAUGUGCAGCAUGUUUCAACCGUCACUAAUAAACAGGCAGUGAGGAGAACAUGCCUUCAGCAACUUCUGCAUCUCAAAAGUGCUAUUUAUGUUCUUUAACCAGCUUUUUAAAAAUGAGUCUAUCUGUUUUCUGGUCAUGUUUCGCAAAUACAGCAUGCCCCAGUCUAACCGAAGCAAAUGUCUUACUAAUGAGAAAAUCAAACUAUACCAAUUCACUUAUUUCUAAUUUGCAAUAAUAAAGACCAAUAAAGAUCACCACUAUCACCAGCCAGUGAGUUCAUUAUAGGCAGGAGAGGGAGACAACCAAACAGAGAAGUUGGUGAUUUGGCAAUAUAAACUGUAGGAUUCUUCUUAACCCUACACCACCUCUAAGCCUGUAAGUCACUUGCCCAAAGCUAGUAACAAUACUAUGUGAGUAGCAGAUUAGUCUUGCUCUUGUGGGUCACACAGGCACAUACACUUUCUGCAAAUAGGUGAAACAAUGCCAUUGGGGGCUGUUUACAUGCGUGAUCUAUGACUCCUUUGGUUGUGCAGUGAUUGCGACCGGAUUUUGAGGUGCAACCUCAAAAAGGAAACCUAGUUUACCCCCUAGGUUAUUAGUGAGAGAUUUUGAUUCAAUUCUACAGACUGAAGCCACUUUGUAUGGCCUAAUGCUAGUCCAACUAGUUGGCAAAUAUAUUACAGAAGAGAAAGAAAGCUCAGGCCUGGGGACUGAAUGCAAACCUCCAGGCCUCUCCAUCUGGUCCUUGGAAGGUGUCCUAGGCAAUGCCAGACUACACCCCUCACUGGGCCUGCUCCAUGCCCUUCUUAAUAGGUUUUGGCUGGAUAAAAUUGAUCCAUGUGAUAAUGUUACUUGACUGUUUGGAUGGAUAAUGGUGAGGCGUGGUAUGUACAGAAACCUCUGACUUUUGUAUGGCUGGAAUGUAGCCUAUGGUACAAAGGCAAGAGAGACAUCCACUGCUCCACAAACUUUCACUUCUAGUCCUGCCCACCAACAACAUGCAGCCUCCGGAAGAUCCACAUUAGGAAAUGUGGCCUUUGGGCUGAAAAGGGUUCCACACUCAUUGUUCUACAGUGUGUUUCAGUUGCUCACCUAAUUUGUGAAAACUGCAUCACUAGCAUAUUCCACACCACCAAAAAUUCAAGCAGGGAAUUCAAACUGUUAUUGAUGCAACCAUUAUUCUAUGGCUACUGACCAACAUGGCUUAUUGCUGAGAAGACGUGCAAAGGAUUAGGCUGGUCAGCAAUAAACUAAGCCAUGAACUUUCCCAGGUGAAGGGGUGGGGGAACACUUCAAGCCUCCUCAACUAUAGAUGACCUCUACUCCAAUGACAUGGGUAAGGGCAGCUACAAACAACGGGUGUACCAUAGGUGGCACAUCCUUAAAACCCUCCUAUGCUUUUCAGUAUCCCAGCAGCAGUUGCAAAGAGAUUAAGGAAACUUGUAAAUCAUCACUUGUCUGUGACAAAUAAACACCUUGAGGUGACCAGACAAGAAAGCAUUUGUAAACUGCUUAGUUUCUUCUUCCAUGCCCAAAGACAUUCCACAAAUUAUUAGCAUACAUGCGUCUCUCUAUGUGUGUUUGUAUGUGCAUAGACUAGGGCUGGGUGAUACGUAUACCAGUUAAACAUCAUAAUUUACUGAUAUAUUACAAUGUCUGAAAUAUGGGUGGAACUAUGUAGAGGUGAACAGUAGGCUGGGCGUUACUUGUUUUUUCAUCACCAGCUAAACAUUGUGAUAUACCACUAUAUCUUGAUGUCUGAAAUAAGGAUGGAGCUAUGUAGAGGCAUUGAUUGGCAUCAUGGUUUUUCCUACACUGUGAUUUUUGCAUAGCACACAUCACGAUUCGCAAUAUAUUACCAGGUCAAAAAUUAUGAAACCAGUAUCACGAUACGGCCUUCAAACUGGUUUGGGACAAUAUAUCAAUAUAUCGCCCAGCUCUAGUGUAGACAGAACCUUUAUGCACCUAUUUACAAAAGGGGUUACUCCAGGAUCAAAGUACAUCUAAGGAUAGUUCACUCUCAUUUGCUCAUGGCUGGCAUACUGCAUUCUUCACCGGGGAAAUACCCUGCAUCUUCUCCUCUCUUAAAAUUUACAUGUGCUAGAGCCAGACUACAAAAGAGAGGGGUGCUUCCCUACAGAAAAAGCAGAAAAUUUAUCUUCCCUUUACAGACAUUUCCUUCUUCUCACAUUGUAUCUAGCUAGGAAUGGUUAUCUGUUGGCAUUCUCCAGGAUGUGUGCCCAAAAUUGUAUCAUACAAGAAAGUCCCUAGAAGCAGUCAGCUCUCUUUCCCUUAAUGCUUUCCCUUAAUGCAGAUUCUAAAUUAUGCACUGCUCUUUCAAUAGCAAUUCUAAAUUACAGGAAUAAAGCAGUCUUUUCCACAGCAGCUCAGCAGCUCUUUCAGUUUCAACUUAUGGCUUGUUAAUUAUAUCCCAGUACUGAAUGCCCCCACCCUUCCGUUUGUUGCACUUAGGGAAUACUGGAAAGAUAAGUCUUUUCUUAAUUAUUAAAUGUAAAUAGCUCAUUAAAUAUAAUCCAAUUACUUUAAUUGUACGAAAAGGAAGUCAUUACAAUAUGUACACGCAUUCUUGCCUGAAUAGAUUUAAUAUCUUAAAUUAAUCAUGGCUGCAUUCAUAUUAUUAAGUCAACCUUUGACAUUACAAAAUUUAUGGCAGUCAAUUUUAUCUUCUUAAAAUGUUUUUACAGAUACAAAAUCAACUUUUUUUAAAAAAAACAAAACUGUCUCAAGCAUUUCAAAUAAGAAUACAGGCGGCAAAGAUUUUGCACGUGUCCAACACUGACGUGUAACCCUGAAGAAGGUAGAAAGGGGAUGAAACUGGGGGAAGGCAUAACUGGGUGGGGCAGACUUAUGCACACUCCGUUAACAUACGUGGGUUCCAGGAAUGCCUGUGUACAAAUGGUACCAAGACAGAAAAGGAGUUGAGCUCUGAACACAUUAUAUUUUUUGUUAGCAAUCUAUACUUCAAACUCAUGUUUUACUUCCUCAGGAUAAAAUUCAGUUUAAGAAACAGAAGUUAUGGGAAUCAGGAUAAAACUUCAUAAAAUACCCAGGUUAAAAAUCUUGGGGCGCCUUCCGGUCUCAUCAGUGACCAUGCUACGCUAAAGUGCGUUUGCAAUCUGAGCUCCUGUCCUCAUUAACAUCUUAGGCUUCUUCAGUCUUUGCUGUGAGACAUUUAGUUGCACAAAUACAGACACGCUUACUAGUGGCUAAAUACAGUAGCUGCAUCUGAGGAAAAGAUUAUUUAAAACAAACAAACAAAUGCAAACAAAAAACUAGGAAUUCAAGAACCUAAGCAGCUUCUUGGUAGUCCAGAUGUUAUUUCUGGUGUAAUCAAGCAACUGGAUAGUUCACUAAACCCAGGAGUAACAGAAAGGCAAGAGCUAAAAUAUACUGACUACCACCAGUUCUUAAAGCAUUCUGUUAGUCAACUAGAAACCACCAAGCCAAGAUUGAGGAGGUAGAGCACUUGAUGCUAAAAGAGACCACCAAUAAAGUAAAAAUAUCAGAAGCCUGAUGGAAUGGAGAAAGUCAGUGGAACAUUUAUUCCCGGCUAAAAGCUGCAUAGGAAGAAGAGGGUAGGAUGUACUGGAAGUGAUAGUGUUCUUUAUGUCAGAGAGGACAUAAAGUCCAAUUACAACUACAAAAGAGAGGUAGUUCAAAGUACUGCAGUAAUAAGCAACUACAAGUACCCUCACAUCCAUUAGUUUAUGGAAUUCACGGGCAAGAUGGGUAGUGAUGGACAGUAGCCAAUAGGUCAUUAAAAGGGGAUUUGACAAAUUCAUGGAAUAUAGCAAUGAUUUGAUUUAGUAAAUUUAUUUAUUUUGUAUUUUUUUAAAAAUCACAAAAGCAAUGUACAGAAAAAUCAAAUACAAUAGAACAGCAACUUCAAGAGCCAAUGCAAAUAUUUUGGGUUCACUUAAACCCUCCAGGAUGAUAAAGUGUUAGCUAAUAAGUAAAUUUCCCUAGGUACCAGUAUUUCCAGGUCUCAGUUCUUGCAAUUUCCACAUUUUAAAAAUACUUGAGAGAUUUAACUUUUUGAGAAAUCAAUCAGAUAUACUGCAAAUUUUAAAAGUGCUACUACAUUUUUAUGCCACUUAGGUUCUUACUACUGGGGAAAAAAUAGAAACAAGAGACAUUAAGUUAUGGGAACAGGAAGUGGGGGUGGUGGAAACCAGAGAAAGAAACUUGAGGCUCUGGCCUGGAAAACAUCUCCAUGCCUCAAAGAUAGACAAAGCACUUUUUAAACUGAUGGCAUCAUAAAUCUGAUGAACUUAAGUGAUGCACAAUGGUAAGAUUUGGCCAGUGUUGACGAAGGUUUGAAAAGGAAAAGUAGUUUAAGUCUAUCUGGUGAACUUGCCAUAGGCCUGAACUAUGAGAACAAGGUACCAUACCACACCCAUAGAUAGAAAAUCACUGGAUUUAAUCAAUGAGACCAAAAGUUAUUAUCCUAAAGGUUAUAAGUUAUAUACCCUUAGCAACUGCAAAUCUCAGCUUGCUGCUCAGCGAAAAUAAGUAUCCAUCUGCCCAAUGCUGCUUUGCAAAUAUCUAAGACUAUUUGUUGAUAAGCAAUAUAGCAGCACAGACCCAGGAGAUUACAAGAGGCCUGUAGAUCACUUUCUUGAUAGUUAUAUCUUCUGUCAUCUAUUGAAGGCAGAUUGCAAUAAAUGACCUAUAUGUCAAUAUAUUCAAAAACAGCUUAUGUAACCCACUAAUUUAUGCUCUUAGUCUGGAAAUUCCUUGUCCCCAGUGCUAUAAUUAGUUGCUUUUUAAAAUUUAUUUGUUUCAGAAAUAAUUUAAAAUAGAGGUGGUUUUAAACACACACACACACACACACACACACACACAGCACUAGGGUCAUCACCAAUGUAAACCUGAGAUUCUAUGUUCUUUUAUCGUGAAGGCUUUAUAAUAUCUGCCUUGCUCGGGAAUGAGGCCUAACUGAAGCCUCUUACGUAAAGCAAAGUUUCACAGAAAUGCCCUUGAUGCUGUUCUGGUUUCUCAGAGGUUUUUUUUUAAAUGCUGCUUUGUAAAAUAGGUAGGUCAAGGGCAUUUCUCUGGGGAAACAGACAGCUUUUGCACUCUCAGAGGCACAGUUAAGCCUUUGUGCAAGUUGCCUUCAGAAGAUUUCUCCAAUGAACCAGACCCAGAAGCUGCUAGAAUUAGCAGAACAGGAUUCAGAUGUUUUACUGCUGGAAGUCACUGGCUGGGUUAGUCAGAGAGAAUGGGUCAAAUCCUCAGGGCUGUGAGUCACCUUUAUUCUUUUUACCUUUAAAUGCUCCUCACAGAAUACAGAAUGUAGCAGAGGAUUUGACAUUCUGAGAUAUUCAGUCUCUCAAGACUUUUCUCAAAGAAUGAUUCUAGUCCUCAUGAUUGGGGAGAAGAUAUAUCUGAAAAGGAUCAGACAGUUUCAACUUAUAACCGCCUUUAAUUCACUGGCACAAAAUGUUAGGAUGGCCUCUAGCAUAUAUGUUAUUUAAAAGGGAUUACACAAAUUCAUGAAGGCCAGGUCUAAUUAUGGUUUUCACUAUGGCUUAAGAAUGGAAAUUGUGUGACAAGAGACAGUGUACCUCUUACUAUCAAAGGCAAGAGAAAAAUAAGAAAUGGCUACCUUCACCAUACCCCUACUUGUGAGUUUCACAUGGCUUACAACAGGCCUUUAUUUGAGUUACAGUGCUAAACUAAAUGGGCUAUGGGACUAAUCCCACCAGCGAACUCGUAUAUUAUAGGUGUGUAGCUAUAUAUGCAACCAGCUGCUGCAUAUACAAGCAGAUGUGUGCAAAAGGGGAACUAUCACUUCUGCUCUUACACCACUUUAAGAGGUCUUUUUAGUUGAACCUUGAGAGUACAGUGGUACCUCGGGUUACAUACGCUUCAGGUUACAGACUCUGGUAACCCAGAAAUAAUACCUUGGGUUAAGAACUUUGCUUCAGGAUGAGAACAGAAAUGGUCUCCGGCAGCGCGAGGCUUCAUUAACUUAAGUGGUGCUUCAGGUUAAGAACAGUUUCAGGUUAAGAACGGACCUCCGGAACGAAUUAAGUACUUAACCUGAGGUACCACUGUACCAGCACUCAUUCCCAAUUAGGCUCUACUGCUUGCAUUCUGCGCAUGUUGCAGCCAUAGCAACAUGCCCCACAUGGAAUGUUUUUCGCCCAUGGAUGCAAUUUGGAGUAUCUCACUGUAAAGCUGCUUGAAGGCCAAAGGACAGUAUCACGUUUCCCCCUGCAAAACUAUAUGCAGAGAAUCAAAGACAAUGAAUGCAAGAAAGCAAGUGGGAACAAGAGCCUCAGAAGCAAAACCACCUUAACUGCACUUACUAUCCUUAAGUUAAAUUCCAUUUAAGUAGCUUCACUUUGAGCAAGUCUGAAAGUAAAAAAUAAAAUAUACCUAAUGGUUACUACCAAGCUGAAAAACAAGUAUGAGAGUGUCUAUUAAUCCUGGAUAGACAUUUAAUACUUGUUCAGCAUUUUCUUGUAUACCUGACAUCCUAUACUUAUUACAGGGAAUGUGGAACUUUGAUGCAAAGUGAGGCUAAAUGAACAAUAGUCCCAUCUCCCCUUUUCCCUAUGUCUCAAGAGAAAACUCAACUGUGUCUUCUAUGAGUCAUCUGUUUGGAGACAUUUAUUUCUAUCAUAGUUGAUACAAGGCUAAAAUAAACUGCACACAGACUUUAUUCAGGCCCAUGGAAAAAAAAGAGAUAAACAGAUGAUCAGAAUCCGAAAGUUCAGUAAUGUAGGGAGAAUUAAGAACAUAAAAAUAAAACCUGAGUAGGAACAUUGACUGCCAGGAGAAAAACUGGAUCCUUGUACAGCUGUACCCCUGCUUCUACUUAAUAGCCUUAUCAUCUGUGAAAGCUGCAGUGUCUAGGGAAUAAGUAAGUGAAAACCUAUCCUGGUGACUAGGACAUGCAAAAAAGCAGAAAACCUCCAAUGGCAAAUUGCUACUAUCAUUUUUUCAGACCUACUAUUGGAAGUGAAGUUAUCCCUCUAAUGGACUCUUUUAACCCAAUAGCACUGUGCUAAAAAAAAUGGGGGGGGUGCUUUAAAAUGUAUCGAACCAUGUAAGUGCCAGUUCAGCAUUUUAAAUGUGCAAGUGGGGAAGAGAGAUGUAAGAGCAGGAAUCCACAAUUUCAACCACCAUAGCCAAGUGUCCCAUUGUUGUUUAGUCGUUUAGUCGUGUCCGACUCUUCGUGACCCCAUGGACCAGAGCACACCAGGCACUCCUGUCCUCCACUGCCUCCCGCAGUUUGAUCAAACUCAUGCUGGUAGCUUCAAGAACACCAUCCAAUCAUCUCGUCCUCUGUCAUCCCCUUCUCCUUGUGCCCUCCAUCUUUCCCAACAUCAGGGUCUUUUCCAGGAAGUCUUCUCUUCUCAUGAGGUGGCCAAAGUAUUGGAGCCUCAGCUUCACGAUCUGUCCUUCCAGUGAGCACUCAGGGCUGAUUUCCUUAAGAAUGGAUACGUUUGAUCUUCUUGCAGUCCAUGGGACUCUCAAGAGUCUCCUCCAGCACCACAGUUCAAAACAUCAAUUCUUUGGCGAUCAGCCUUCUUUAUGGUCCAGCUCUCACUUCCAUACAUCACUACUGGGAAAACCAUAGCUUUUACUAUACGGACCUUUGUUGGCAAGGUGAUGUCUCUACUUUUUAAGAUGCUGUCUAGGUUUGUCAUUGCUUUUCUCCCAAGGAGCAGGCGUCUUUUAAUUUCGUGACUGCUGUCACCAUUACCCUUUGGCAAGUGUCCCAUUACCCUUUGGCAAAUGUGAGAGGGGACCUAACCUCAUCUCCAGGUUGGAGCCAAGGAGAGAAUAAUCCCCAACCACUAUGCUUCAACUGCAAGAUUCAUACCUGCUACGCCCACUUCCAAAUUGAGAAGGCGGCUGCAGCACUAUCAGCAAACUAUAAUUUUUAAGAUUUGAGGGAACCACAACAGUUAAGCAGAUAUAAAAACCUCUAUGCAAUUGUAACAGAAGCAUGUUGUGUGCUUUUCCAAGACUGUAGCAAUGCAGGAGACUUGAUAUUCAUGCCACAUCACAGUUUUACAUUUUUAAGCUGCUUUUUAAAGCUAUAAUGUGUAUGACAAAUGCUGUAUUAACUGGAAUACCAAUCCAUUAGGCACUACUCAACUUUUCUUGUUUGGUUAAGCACUGAGUAGGCACCAUGAGAUUUAGCAGCAUAUACUUUGUAUACAAGCAAAAACAAAAUAUAAGAAGCCUUGAAAACACGAGAAAGAGAAAACAUCUACUGGGGAUUCGCAAAUCUGACAUAUAAAUACAAAUACAAAUAAAGCAAUGCACUAACAGCCAGUGUCUGCCUCCUGAUGGGGUAAUUUAGUUCACACAUCACCAUAAGUUAUGGUUAAAUGGGUUACCUUGCAUGAACAGAGUAAUAGUACAUGCUUGCCUAGUUGCUUCUGCUUCGCUCUUCCCCUGGGGCAAGCAGAAGUAACAAGCCAUGAAGUCUGACAUCCAAACCAGGACGUAACAACACACCAGCCAAGAACAAACCAUGAUCAUGGUUUGUUACACAGGCAUAAAACACAAUGCUGGUGUUUGGACAUUAAUGCCAAGCGAAAAGUCUUGGCUUGUUGCUCUUGUUUGCACUAGAGAUGGAACACAGGGGGUGUGAUGGAGCAGCAGGCAUUGGUACACUGCUCAUUUAAAAUAAGUUAUCAACCAUGACUUAUUGUGAGAAAAAGAUACCGCUCCGACAGGAAGGUAAACGGCAUUUCUGUGCGCUGCUCUGGUUUUGCCAGAAGCGGCUUAGUCAUGCUGGCCCCAUGACCUGGGAAAACGCUCUGCAGACAAACGUCGGCUCCCUCGGCCACUAAAGCAAGAUGAGCACAGCAAUCCCAGAGUUUUCUGCAACUGGACUUAACUGCCAGGGGUCCUUUACCUUUACCCUUAAGAGCCAUAGUCAGUCCCCUCUUAAACCGCGCUUGCAGCUUCUUUUCAUGUUGCAGCAUGAUUUCCUGAAGAGGUACAAGUAUUUAUUCCAAGGAUAGGCACUUCAGUUUUCUUAAUGUUAGUUGGCUCACUUCAUUUAUCUACUUGCACUUUGACAUGCUUUUGAACUGCUAGGUUGGCAGGAGCUGGGACCGAGCAAUGGGUACUCGCCCCAUCACGGGGAUUCGAACCACCAACCUUCCGAUCAGCAAGUCCUAGACUCAGUGGUUUAGACCACAGUGCCACCCGCAUCCUCUUAGGAAGGCUUAUUUCAAAGGUAUUUAAUUUUAAACUAAAUCUAAAAGGCUGUGCUAAAAGGCAAAUUGGAAUUUCUCACUACAGAACAAUAAAGACACCCAACUCUAGAUUUGGAAAGCUUCUCCACUCCUUUACACUUAAGUAUCAUGGCCACACCCAAUAACCCAAGCAGUGUUCCUCCCUACUCCUUUCUACUGGGGAUUCCAAGAUAAACAAUGCGAGUGACACCAUAGUAGAUUGAGAUUAGUCAAGUGUGAUGAAUAAAUCAGUUGUUCCACCUGUUUAAAAACACUUGUAUGUCAUCCUUUAUUGAAAGUAUUUCAGGGUAGUGUAUAGCAUAUGCCUAUCAGAAUACAAUGCAACAUGACAUUAACCUAAAAGUGGCAUGACACUCUAAUAUAUGUCCUCUCAGAAGUUAAGACUCACUGAGUUCAACAGAACUUACAGGUAUGUGUGCAUAAGACUGCAGCCUCAGUUUUGAAAAGUUGCACAAGAAGUAUACCACGAAUUCAAGCGAUGCAUCUACUUUGCACCAAGACCUUCUGGCAGACUAAUAAUUGCAGAAAGCAAUCAGAACUUAAAUAUAACAAACACUUUAUAUAUGGCUUGAAAUAGAAUUUCUAAUAAAACUAGUAUGAGACCAUUUGGUCUGUAGAUGACUCAUUUCCACAGAUAUGCUAUGCAGACACUGGCCAGCUGUUCCCCAGUUCUUUUCCUUCUUUAACAGGGAACCAUGACAAAUACUAUUUUUCUGUUUGUGGAAGGUAUGUUUGUGGGCAAAUGGGAUUUAUUUUUGAAUGGCUCAGUCAUGUAUUCCAAAUGGGUAGCAACGCAUAAACUUCUAUUUUAUUUAUUAGCUUUGAUUUGUGUGUGUGUGUUUAAACUGUACAGUGGAACCUCAGCUUGCGAACGCGAUCAGUGCGGGAGGCACAUUCGCAACCCGCAGCACCGCGUCUGCGCACAUGCGGGUCGUGAUUUGGCACUUCUGCGCAUGUGCAAAGCGUGAUUUGGCAAUUCUGCACAUGCGCCGAAACCCGGAAGUAACCCGUUCCGGUACUUCCGGGUUUGGCACGGUGCGCAACCCGCAAACACAUAACCUGAAGCAUCUGUAACCCGAGGUACCACUAUAUUUUUGUUAUUGGAUUGUUGUGGUUUUAUGUUGCACAGUCCUUGGGAAAUUUAUAUUGAACGAUUCUAUAAAAGGCUCUCGUUAAGAAAUAAAAUAACACAAAUAGAAAAAAGGCAAAGGAUAUUAAUGCUAUGUAAACAAAGAAUCUUGGGGUAACUUAAAAACAAGGACAGUUCUGGUGCAAUGGUGCCAGUGAUAUUUACAGUAAAGUACUAGGGCAAUUAAGGAGUUCAGACAUUUCUAAUAUUAGUAUUGAUGGCAAAGGGAAGCAAUCUUAUGCUAUGUACUGUUCUACUUACAUACAUAGGCAAACAUUAGCUGAGCAUUCAAUAUAUCUCCAUAUUUUUAUAUAGAAAAGCACCCAAAAUGCAGCUCCCUGUGAAGGGCAAUUAAUAAGUAGCAGACAAUUGUUUCACAGCCAAUACUGCACACCAGCGAAAACUGAUAUGCAUUUUAAAAGGUUACUAUGCAAGUAAAUUCCAGAACAAUUCCACCCAUAAUAGAUUUUACAAGUAAGGGCAACUGGCUGCAUGUGCCAACAAAAAGGGUGAGAUUUUCACAAGCAAAGCAAGUUUCACGGAGACAAAUUCCAUCAAUGUACACACAGAAAAUUAUACCACAUAAACAAAAAUGCUAAUAAACUUUGUUGGUUUGUUCAGGAGCAAGCCGAUCAUAAUAUCCACCAGGCUUUCUUGAGAAAUAAGGCCUGCUUUGUUUCUUAAAGAGAUCUUCAGGUGGCCUUAAAGGAACAAAUUCUUUCAUCAUAUAAAGGAAACAUUCCUGCAUUCCAGAACUGGCACCCCUACUGCAGCAUGCCAUUGCCAGCGUAAUGGCCAAAGCAUGGAACUCAGAUCAGGAGAAACAGGUUCAAAUCCUCACUCAGUCACACUGCUCACUGUACAACCUUGGGCCUGUCACAAAUUCCUCAGCCUAUCCUAUGUCAGAGGGUUGCUGUGUGAAUGAAAUGGAGGAAACUGUAUGUGUACUGCUCUGACCUCCUUGGCGAAAGUUGAGAGCAACAAGAGAGACCGCAGGCACACAACUUCCUUCCCUUUCCAAAGUCUAAACUUGUAGGUGCAGAUGCAUAGAGUCUCAUUACUUGCUACUGAGUACCACAAUUGCCCCAAUGCUGGUGGCAACGUUACAAAAUCCAGUCUUAUACCUGGACAACUCCAACCGAGUGCAGGUGCAUUUUUCAGUGUAUCCCUGGAUUUCACAAUCCAAGAGCCUCCCAAAGCAAACAUUCCUCUAUCUCUGCCCAGCCACUGCCUUUAUAAUAGAGCAUAAAUCUGAAAUUAAAAUAAGGAGCAUGGAUACCAUUCUUAUUACAGGAUGACCACCUUUCUCAAAGUAUCAAUGUCCAUGUCACACUGACACUUUAAGGUUACAAAUACAUAGAUCACUACCCCAAGACCUCCAGCCAUGCCUACAGCAUUUGUCAUACACUUUAUAGCUUUAAAACCCAGGACUUCUUAAUCCUAGGGCCCAAUUUAGGCUCCUCCCCCACAUAAACCACAAAGACUCCCUAAUCUACCAUGCUCCUACCAAGAGUCCUACAAUUGAAAUGACAAAAUCCACAGCUGGACAAUACCUUUAUUGGGACUAACCAAAAGUAUUGGUCUUAAAAAAAGUAUUGGCCCAACUUUAGCAUUUGCAUUUGGUCCCCCCCACCCCAGCCUUACAGACCAACACGGCUAUCUUUGCUUUUAAUGACUAAGACAGUCUCCAUCUCUUUGCAGACUUGCUUCAUACUUUGUCUCCUGCACCAACACCCUCACAUUCAAUAUGGUCAGAAGCCUGCCCCACCCGCAUUCAAAGUCCUCUUUAUUCCUCCUGGAUUCCCUUUCCUGUUCUUAUUGUCUUUACCUAGCUGUGCCACCUACAGUAUAUCUGUUGUCCUACCUUCCACCAUCAUAAACACAAAAACACCCUGCCCUUCUUCCAGUCCCAGAGUACCCACAUCCUUCCUAUCACACAACACAUUUAACUGUAACACCUCACUCAUAAACAGUUUCCCCCAUCACUUGCAACUGAUGAACCCCUAAGGAAGAAAUGAUAGGAAAUCCAAUCCCAAAACAAGCUUACCAGAUAAGUGGAAAGAGAUGGAGAAGGACAUGCAUUGCUUUAGGGCAAACCCAAGAACGUGCCAUAAGCUAAAAGGGCUGUGUUGCGGAGCACACAAAUGGGUACAUUCAUACCUAUGCUCUCAAGAGAGCAAUAAUUUUCUGCAACUGCAGAACUUUCCCCUUUUAUAUUGUUUGCACUGCCAACUCAGUAUGCCCCAAGUGCAGUUAAAAAGCAACUUUACAUUUUAAUAUAACAGCAUUUCCUAUGCUAGGUGUGUAGGCAUCCUUCAGCCCUGCAGAUGUUGAAUUGUAACUCCCAUCAUACCCAGGAAACAUGGACAAUGGCCAAGGAUGAUGGGGAGCUGUAGUUCAGCAACCUUUGGCAGGACAAAAGUUUCCUACAUCUGCCCUGCAUGGGUGGUAGUGUAAUUAUUAUUAUUAUUAUUAUUAUUAUUAUUAUUAUUAUUAUUAUUAUCUUCUCUACCCCACCCAUCUGGCUGGGUUUCCCCAGCCACUCUGGGCAGCUUUCAACAGAACAUUAAAAACAGAAUAAAACUUCAAACAUUAAAAACUUCCCUAAACAGGGCUGCCUUCAGAUGUCUUCUAAAAGUCGGAUAGUUGUUUAUUUCUUUGACAUCUGAUGGGAGGGCACUCCACAGGGCGGGUGCCACUACUGAGAAGGCCCUCUGCCUGGUUCCCUGUAACCUCACUUCUUGCAGUGAGGGAACCUCCAGAAGGCCCUCGGAGCUGGACCUCAGUGUCCAGGCUGAACGAUGGGGGUUGAGACGCUCCUUCAGGUAUACUGGGCCAAGGCCAUUGAUGUACAUUACAGAAGCAAAAUGCUUUACUAUGUUACAUUGGGCAGGUGACAAUAAAGUCAGGCUGCAAUCCAAAACACAUUGAUCAGGAAGGAGGCCCUACUGGCCACAACUAUUAUUGUUACAUUGUGAUUUAUUUCAUUUUUAUCCCACCCUUCCUUCAAGAAGCUCAGGGUAUGAUUUCUCUCUCCGUUUUUACUUAGACAACAUUCCUAGUAUCAGGUAGGUUAAGCUAAGAGAUAGCAACAGGAACAGGAUUACUCGGUAAGCAUCCGGACUGAAUGAGGAUUUGGACCUCAGUCGCAGUUUGACACUCUAAUCCAGACUUUCUCAACCUUGGGUCCUCAGGUAUUGUUGGACUACAACUCCUAUCAUUCCUAGCUAGCAGUCCCAGUGGUCAGGAAUGAUGGGAGUUAUAGUCCAACAACAUCUGGAGACCCAUGGUUGAGAAAGGCUGCUCUAACCACUACAUCACAUUGGUUCUUACACUGGAAUUUACUUUUGCUUAAGGACAUACAGGAUUGCCCUCUCAAAAAACGAUCUCUUGCUUCAGCAGCAAAGUACUCCGCUUGACACUAUCUGUACCUCCAACUCUUCCACCUAGAAAGCAGUGCGAGACUGCAUAGUAGAAAGAGCGCUUUGCUUCAGAAUUUAUCGAGAGAGCAAGCAAUUGCAGUUUAGACGCGUGCGUGCAUGUGUGCAUACCAUCUUGUACGCUCCGUAGUACAAAAACCAUCUUAGACCAACACAAUCAAGACCAACGUUUCUCAUUUUGGAAAGGAACCCUCUCACCCAACCCCACCGGUGGGUGAUGCAGCCCUUAUUAAAAGCAGAACCCAACUAAACUUUCGAACAUUUCCUUAUUUCCUCCUCCUUCUUAAUCCUGUGAUUCGUAACCCACUCCGGGAACCCCCUGACUCAUCCUUCUUUCUUUUGGCCGAAGGGAUGAAUAAAAACCACUUCGAUCAGCAGAAGUUACACCAGUGGCUCCUAGUGAAAGGGGAAACAACUUCUACAGAAAGAUGGGUCUGCCUAGGAAGGGCGUUGACGAAGAAGGUAGAGGGGACGAGGCACACACCCAAGGGAGGAGGUUGCCAUCCCAGCCCGCUUCCUGCACCAGGUGCUGAGGACCCUGCGGCCCUCUAUGAAGUUGAACUACAACUCCCAUCAGCCCCAGCAAGCGCAGCCGAGGCUAAGGGAUGCUGGGAGUUGCAGACCGGCAGCACCUGGAGGGCCGCGGAUCCCCCACCCACCUUUGCCCAACACCUUCCUGUUCAGAAAGCCCGAAGGCCCCGCCCGCGCCACGACCCUCCGCCGCUCCUCGGUCUCUCCCGGGUCAGCCUCUUCCCACACAGCGAAGGCAAAAAAACUGCCCCAUCCCAUAAUAACCGCUCCUGCCCAUGCCCUCCAGCGGACACCCGGAAAAGGGCAGCGCCUCGCCCUCCCGCCGCCACGGAGCGAGGCUUACCCGCUCACGGCCGCCUUCUCCGCGCCUCCCUCCGAACUCCUCAGCACCGAAGCGGCCUGUCCCGGCCGGCCGCCAUUCCACAGCUUUUCCUCUCCCCCGCCCCGCCCCAGCCUGCGCUGACUGAAGGUGGCCCCGCCUGCUCCGCCGCCGGUCCGCGCCCCCAUUGGCCGGCCGGUGUCUUCCCGCCCCAGCGCCAUUGGACGGACAGUGCUGUCAGUCACUUGAUAACCUUCCGCGAUUUGCGUACCCACCCAGAUUUCUUAAAUGGCCACACCCAAACCGAGCCUCCUCUUUGAUUUUUUUUAUAAGGGAACAACGCGGGGCGUACCAUAAUGCCGAGGUGGGUAGGGGGAGCGUUAAAGUGGUAGGUCGGGGAGGUGAGGCACGUUUAGGAGCGAAUGCCAAUAGACUGAGAAGGGAAAGUUACAGCUUGUUAUGGGUUGCUGUUUUGCUUUUAAAUAGAAGUUAUUUCUUUGUUGAUAAAUUCGCGUCAGUUUUCAGCAGGGAACUGACCUCCUCGUGGUUUCGCCCGGCCUCUCCUUCGUUCGCCCGGGCGGGGCCGACCUGUGCUCUGCUCUUCGGGCUUAAAAGGAGGGCGCCCCCUGGCGUGUUAGCGGUAUUACUGCAAGAAGGGGAAAGGGGCGGGGUUGCUUUUUGAGACUCCGGAGACGGAAGGGAGCGGCGAGAGCCGGGGUGGCGCUCGCUCGGGACUUCUCUUUCAGUGGAACCUGUGGUCAAGCCAGUCCUUCUGAGGGAGGAUCUUACCUGCCUAUGACCCACGUACUUUCAGACGUCUCUGCCGGCGGCCUCUCCAUUCAUGAAGCACAAAACAGGGUGGCCAGGUGCAAAAAGGGGCAAGGCUCCUGGAGCUUUAAAAGUUAUGUAGAAUGCCAAAGAGCUGUUUGAGGUGCAAGAGCCCAACCCUGGUUUGCAUCUGGCUACUCUAAACACUAACCUUAUUAUUUUUUCUUUAAAAAACCCUGCUUCCUUUUGCGAUUUCUUUCUCCACCCCCCUCUCCCCACCCAGUCGUGGUCUGUCUGUCUCUGAUGGCUCCUUGUGCUGAAUUAUCUUCAGAUGUUGAUUGAUUGAUUUCGUUUCCAAGCAUAAAAAUCAGUCCGCUGCCUCUGUAAGGAUUCCAUCGUCUAGCGUGGCAGGGCCUGCACUUUGGAACUCCCUGCCUUUGGAGAUCAAGCAGGAGGUGCCUUCCCUGUACUCUCUUCCGCACCUGUUAAAGACGUUCCUGUUUGGGCAAGCCUACCCAGAUGCUUAGAAAGUCGAGUUAAUUUCAAACUUCUUUUUUUUUUAAAUAAUAUUUAUUGCUUUUAAAAGUUACAAAAAAGUAGAAAAAAGAGAGAAAAGACAAAAAAGAAAAAGAGAAAAAGAAGAAAGAUAAAAACAAUACAAUAUAUAAACAAUACAAGCCCACCCUAAACCCAUUGAACUAAACACAUGAACAAAGCAGAACAAAAACAAUUUAAAAACAUCCCUCCUUUUCCAUACUCUGUCCUUCAUUCCCUUGUUUCCUCGACUUCCUCACACCUCCCUUCUUGCAUCCCGCUUCUAAUACUUGUUUCAGCAAAUCCUUUCCAUCUUUCUCUAUUUUCUGUCAUAUUAUGAAUAACAUAUUCUUUAAUCUUAUUUCCCAUUAACGGUUGAUUACUUAUAUACACCCAACUUCUUAUAGCAUUUCUGCUAAAUCCAUAAAAUAUCAUCCCACCAUUUCUGACGGUCAUUACUUUAACAAAAUUUCUAAAUAAACACUUUAAAUUUUCCAUUAAUCUUCCACUAUCUCAUCUCCCUGGCUUCGGGUUCUGCCAGUCCUUUCCGUCAGUUCCAUAUGAUCCAUCAACCUGGAGCCCUAAAAUCCGAGGCUCUUAAAUCUCUUCCAAGUCCCUUCUGCAGGUCUUCUUCAUAUUCUUUGAUGCUCAGGAGCAAAUCUCGGGAAAACUCCAGCCUAGCAAUACUUUUGUUCCUUCUGAACAGUUCAGCCAAAUUUCCAAAGUUAAAAGUAAAGUCCAUAGAGUAUUUCAGAACGUAUUUCAAACUUUUUUUCUUUUUUUAGUAUUUUGUAUCUUUUAAAAUAGGGCUGUGCAUUUUUCUUGAUUUUUACUGUUUUAUCUUUUUGUAAACCUCUGAGGUUUCUACAAUCAAGCGGUGUUUAACUUUUACUAAAUAUAUAGAUAAAUAUAGAUAAAUAAUAAAAUCUAUACAGAAUUAAAACACACAAGAAACAAUUCCAUCAAAACAUUAAAACACACAUAUUUAAAAUACUCGUGGCUACUGCCCAGGCAUCAACUCCACGUACCCCAUUCUUCUUUCCCCACACUUGACCAGCCCCUCCUCCUUCCCUUUACAGCUCACCUAUCCCCUAAAGCCCAACCCAAGCCCCUCCUGUCCCAAGACCCACAACCCUUUAAAGGAGGGGCGAGACACUUCACACAGCUUGCUAAAACUACAUGAAGGGCCUCUCUGCCCCCACCCUGGCCACCAUGAUAAGCCUCUGUUGGUGGCCAUGUGAACUGCAGAGCAUUGCAACACUGUGUUUUAAUGUAUACACUGUAUAGGAAGAUACAAUAAAACAAGUCAAUUAAAAAGCAUAACAACUGAAUAGUUAAAAAACAAUUACGGUACUUUUCCAUGUAUAAGACUAGUUUUUUUUACUCUAAAAUUAUGUUCAAAAUCUGGGCUCGUCUUAUACACGAAUAGUGCAGAGUGGGGAGUCCCCAAAUCAGAGUCUCCCAAAAUAGAGGGCGUCUUAUAGAUGGAAAAAUACGGUAAAACGGAUGAAAAAGUUCCAGGCUCACCAGGUCUCUUUAUCCUGAUUAAAUAAAUCAUUAAAACCCAUCCUUUCUCAUUUACAUUACUGAAACUGCCUUGGUCGCACUGGUUGAUGAUCUCCGGCGGGCUAGGGACAAAGGUGAGAGCUGUUUCCUAGUUCUGCUGGAUCUCUCAGCGGCGUUUGAUACCAUCGACCAUAACAUCCUUCCGGACCGUCUUGAGGGGCUGGGAGCUGGGGGCACUGUCAUACAGUGGUUCCGCUCCUUCCUCCUGGGCCGUGUUCAGAAAGUGGUGGUGGGGUAUGAGUGUUCAGACCCCUGGGCUCUCACUUGUGGGGUUCCUCAGGGUUCUGUCCUCUCCCCCAUGCUUUUCAACAUUUACAUGCAGCCACUGGGAGAGAUCAUCAGGAGGUUUGGGCUGGGUGUUCAUCAGUAUGCGGAUGAUACCCAGCUCUACCUCUCUUUUAAAUCAGAACCAGUGAAGGCGGUGAAGGUCCUGUGUGAGUGUCUGGAGGCGGUUGGAGGAUGGAUGGCGGCUAACAGAUUGAGGUUGAAUCCUGACAAGACAGAAGUACUGUUUUUGGGGGACAGGAGGCAGGCAGGUGUGGAAGAUUCCCUGGUCCUGAAUGGGGUAACUGUGCCCCUGAAGGACCAGGUGCGCAGCCUGGGAGUCAUUUUGGACUCACAGCUGUCCAUGGAGGCACAGGUCAAAUCUGUAUCCAGGGCAGCUGUUUACCAGCUCCAUCUGGUACGUAGGCUGAGACCCUAUCUGCCUGCAGACUGUCUCGCCAGAGUGGUGCAUGCUCUGGUUAUCUCCCACUUGGACUACUGCAAUGCGCUCUACGUGGGGCUACCUUUGAAGGUGACCCGGAAACUACAACUAAUCCAGAACGCGGCAGCUAGACUGGUGACUGGGAGCGGCUGCCGAGACCAUAUAACACCGGUCUUGAAAGACCUACAUUGGCUCCCAGUACGUUUCCGAGCACAAUUCAAAGUGUUGGUGCUGACCUUUAAAGCCCUAAAUGGCCUUGGUCCAGUAUAUCUGAAGGAGCGUCUCCACCCCCAUCGUUCUGCCCGGACACUGAGGUCCAGCUCCGAGGGCCUUCUGGCGUUUCCCUCACUGCGAGAGGCCAAGUUACAGGGAACCAGGCAGAGGGCCUUCUUGGUAGUGGCGCCCACCCUGUGGAACGCCCUCCCAUCAGAUGUCAAAGCGAUAAACAACUACCUGACAUUCAGAAGACAUCUGAAGGCAGCCCUGUUCAGGGAAGUUUUUAAUAUGUGACAUUUUAGUGUAUUUUUCAUCUUUGUUGGAAGCCACCCAGAGUGGCUGGGGAAACCCAGCCAGAUGGGCGGGGUACAAAUAAUAAAUUAUUAUUAUUAUUAUUAUAUUUCUUAAUCUACUCAACUUUUUAAUUUUCUAUUGGUUGGAUGAUUAUUGCAUUGUUUUAACCGUGUUUGUGUGCUACAUUUAAGCCAGAGUGGGAAAGCCUUUUCUGCCAGGGGGCCACAUUCUCUUCUGUGCAAUUUUCUGUGGGCCACAUAUCAGUGGUGGCCAGGGCCAGAAGCAAAGCAGGUGCAGCAAUGAAUGCGAGUUUUGCCUUUGUCUAGUAAGCUAGCUUCCAUACACACCCACACCCCACUCUCCGUUCCCCAUCCCAGCAAGCAAGAGGCAUUAUCAGAAUUCAAGGACACAUUGCAGCCAGCCCAAAACACUCAAGGAAGAUGCAAAGCAGGGCCUGAGGGGGGUGCAGACUUGGAAGAGCCUUGAGGUCUAGUUAAAGAGACUUGGAGGAUUACAUUUGGUCUCCCCAAGCCUGAGAUUCCCCUUGGAUUCUUCCAAAUGUUAUUAACUGGAGAAAUGGCACGUAUGCCUCACCAGUGCCUCAUGAUACAGGUGACAUCAUUAUUGUUGCACACCACCGCAGUCUUUGAGCAGUGUGAGAUUCCAGGCACUUACCCAGGAUUCGUGUUUCCUUCUGGAAUGAGGCACAGUGGAGACUAUGGUGUCUUUAUGAUAUACGGCUUAUUUACUAUUGAGGGGUUCACAGCACCCCAAAAGGGUCUUUCUUCCCCCAUAGCUGCAUCCUUUUAUUCAAAUGGACUCUCCAAUUUGCUGCUUUUCUUCUAACUCACAUCACUCUGAUGUCAAUUCUGGCUUUGUCCUUCUAGCCAUCCACAAGUUUGCUGUCUCACACAGAGCCCUUUUCCUCUGUUGCCUUAAUGGCCCAUCGGCCAGGCGAUCACAUCACCAGGAAUCUAGCCUGACUUACAAUUUCACACUUUCUGGAUCCAGGGGUUAGAAGGGUCUCAACAUGCAGCCUCCCCACCCCCCUGCACAAACUCAUACCGUUAUUACAUCACUUGCUUUGAUAUGUCUCAUCUGUAUGUGUUAAAACUUGCAAGUAUGGCUAAAACCCAUAAAGUUGUACAGCUGGCAACCAUUUUGUGUGCGUCCAAUUGGCAUGUGAUCGCCAGCAUGCAGGUCCCUUUGGAACCGGAAGUGGGCAUAAUGUGGGUGGGGCAUAACAGGGUGGGGUGCGCUUAUGCAAGUUCUUCCAUUGUGGGGGGGCAGGAAGGGAACCCCAACAAGAAAUGGUCCUCGCCUGUAUCUGUCAAACAUAAUUAGAUGGGUCAAUUGGGUCUGAAUUUUCAAAGGGUUUUGAAUUUCUUACAGUAAACAACGAAGUGGCAGUAGAGGUCAGGAAGGAAAAACGAGUGCUAGUUCUGCAGGCCAUAGACGUGACAAUGCCUAGGAAUAAAGGUGUGUGUGUGUGUGUGCGCACAAACAUCCCUGCAUAUUUUCAAACAAACCUUCAGCUUCAUGAAGACCAGAAGCUUGCUGACUUUUCUAAAAAAAAAACAGAGCAUCUUGGAAACACACGAGCAGGUGUCACACACAAUCCCACAUUCACAAAAGCAUGGGGAACAAACAGCCCUCACGUAAUCAGGGCUGCCCUCUCCCCCAGCACACCAUUGUUUUCCUCAGCAAAUAAGUUUGCUCAAGUCUGCAGCUGAGAGGAGUUUUUCUGCUGCAUUGAGUAUGUCAGCCUCACCAAGAAUCUGAUCUGAGAUUAGGAGACGUGGGUCGCUAAAGAGCUGGAACACAGGUGUUUUCAAGAGACAAACUGCAGGUGUAGAUGCUUGAAUCAACUUUGGGAAAGAUUAAAAAGCCACAUGUAAUACUCUGCACCUUAGCAAUCUCGAAGGUUUCCAAUCACCUGCUACUCACACAAUUGACCCCCUCUCUACAAAUAUGCACACUCUGAUGACAUCAUUUCUAUUUUUGUACAUUCUGAUUUGGGCACCAAUUGCCGCUAAUUUCAACAUAAAAGACUUAGAUGCCUGAAUGAUUUUUAGCAAGUCUUCCCUUUCCAAAGUUGCCUCUCUACUCCCAAGGCUGCCACCAGGGCACGACUUGGGGACAAGGAACCCAGGCUUCAGAAUGGAUGGGAGGGCCCCAAACACAGCAGCUUCAUCACUAUACUUUGAAGCCCGUGGAGUAAUACACGUUGCAGUUGAAAGAGGCAGGACCACUAAGGGUCACUAACAUGUGCCCACAGAGGCUCUCCCUAGACCCCACGGGAUCCCCUCCCCUGUCACAUCCACACACACACACCACAAACAGUAGCCUUGAAAUAAAUUUUCUACGGUAGCUAAAGGUGAGGGAAGAAAUUCAACUGGUCCUCAUUUAAAGGUGAAGCUGGUUAAUUUGCACUUUCCAAAACAAUGCAAGAACCGAAACACAGUGAUUUUCAAAACUUAUAGUAACCAUCUCUGAAUUUUGCAAGCAGUUCUUCAGGCAAACGACCUUGGUGAAAAUGAAAGUAUGCAUAAAAAUGCAAACACUGAAAAUGGCACACACAAAUGCUUUAUAUUAGGGGCAAUUGCUUGCAAAAAUGUGUGCCGUAGUCAAAACUGCAUUUUAAAAAAUGUGUUUAUUAGGAGAAAGGCAUACUAAGAUGCUGAUGAAUUUUCAUGAGAGUAUUUUUGUAAAAAGAAAAAAAAGCAAAGUAUUUCAGAAGCGAAUUUAAGAUGGGAAAAGUCAGAAACUUGAGAGAAUCAGAAUGGACAGAUCUGCCCACCCCUAGUAGCCAAUAGUCGAUGUUGCUGCUGCUUCUCUUUCUUCUUUGGUGAUCACUCGUAGCAGAGUAAGAUUGUCUUCCAUAAACACGGUUUUAACAAUGAGUCCGUAAGUGACUGUGGCGGCCAAUUCUGAAUCCACACGUCCUUCCACUGUGGGGACAUUGGUUUCCAGGCGGGAGUUGAUCAUGGUGUGGAUUUGCCAAGAAUGCCUUCCUCUUAGCACGUUUCUCCCUUGCGUCCUGAGUUUGAGUGUCUUCAAAGCCCAUGACACCUUUGGUAAAGACUGUUCUCCAACCGGAGUGCUCGCAGGCCAGUGUUUCCCAGUUUAAGAUUUGCCUUGAGACAGUCUUUACACCUCUUGUUGACUACCAGCAUUAUGCUUUCCAUUUUUAAGUUUGGAAUAGAGUAGUUGCUUUGGAAGACGAUCAUCAGGGAUCCACACAACAUGACCAGUCCAACGAAGCUGAGGUUGAAGAAUUAUUGCUUCAACACUGGUGAUCUUUGCUUCUUCCAGUACACUGAUAUUAGUUCGCCUGUCUUCCCAAGUGAUGUGUAAAAUUUUUUGGAGACACCAUUGAUGGAAUCUUUCGAGGAGUUGGAGAUGGCGUUUAUAAGUGGUCCAUGUUUCACAAGCAUACAGUAAGGUUGGUAGUACAAUAGCUUUGUAAACAAACAUUUUGAUUUCCCUGUGAAUGUCCCGGUCCUCAAACACUCUGCACUUCAAUUAGGAGAAAGCCGCACUCGCAGAACUCAGGCGAUGCUGGAUUUUGUCAACUCAAUGUGCUUGAUUGCAGGCAGGAUGGAGAGUGGUGUGUGGAGAAACUAGUCUUCCCUACAAAGGUAACAUUUACAUUCCUUCCUCCACCCACAUUUCCCUAUCUACCCACCACCACUGGCAAGUGCCCUGAAAGGCUGCCUGAGAGAAUGUGGCCCUUGGGCUGAAAAAGGUUGCCCCCCCCCCGCCUCAACCAUCAGCCCUCCACCCACAGCCACUGACCACGCUCAUUCCAUGUAUGGCUCUUUCACAGUUGCCCUGCUCUCUUUAGGGUUCAUUUACGCUAAUUUUGCUUUGCAGGUUUGCAAACCUUGAGACUUCCCCCAAGCCUGUUAAUUCCUCCCUCUUAUGCAUGGAUUACCAUUAUUUAUUAAAUUGCUUUUGUCACAGCAGCUCAAAGCAAACUUAAAAUAUUCUAAGCAAAAGCAAACACACACACAGGCAUACAUUUAAACCAGCAUUUAAAAAAUAUCUAAAAGACAAUUCCAUAUAUAUAUAUAUAAACAUCCCACUCAUGCGAAGGCCAUAGAUAGGUAAAAGUCAAAGGCCGGAUGAAAAAGGCAGCUAAAGAUACAUAACAAUGGUGGCAGGCAAGCCUUACUAGGGAAUCAUUCCACAAGCCGGGAGUCAACACUUCAAAUGUGAUACUACCUCUUAUUUACCUGAAGGGGGUGAGAGGCUGGGUAGACACCAUGCAUUUAAAGCACAUGGCUAGAAGUGUGUGGCCUAAACCACAGAGCCUCUUGGGCUUGCUGAUCAGAAGGUCGGUGGUUCAAAUCCCCACAACAGGGUGAGCUCCCAUUGCUUGGUCCCAGCCCCUGCCCACCUAGCAGUUUGAAAGCACGUCAAAGUGCAAGUAGAUAAAUAAGUACUGCUGCAGCAGGAAGGUAAAUGGCAUUUCCAUGAGCUGCUCUGGUUCGCCAGAAGUGGCUUAGUCAUGCUGGCCACAUGACCCGGAAGCUGUCUGCAGACAAACGCCGGCUCCCUCGGCUUAUAGAGUGAGAUGAGCGUGCAACCCCAGAGUCGUCCGUGACUGGACCUAACGGUCAGGGGUACCUUUACCUUUAGAAGUGUGCGUAUCUAGAGCACCGUAGGAGCAUGCUUUUGUCAAUAAAGAAUUAACUUUCAGACGUGCACCUUCCUUGGCUGCAGGUGCCUAGGAUAGGCUGGGCUCCUCCACUCCUGGACCUGCAGUUUACUUUUUAGAGCAGCGCUGGAAAACCUGUGCCUCUCCCAAUGUUGAGAGACAUAAGAAGAGCCAGCGGGAUCAGGCCAAUGCGCCAUCUAGUUCUCUCAGUGCCCCAGUGCCCCAUUCUGUUCUCUGUGGCCAACCAGAUGCAAGCAGGAGCCAAGCACACAACCUCCUCUUUCCCCGCCUGUGGUUUCCAGCAACUGGUAUUCACAAGCAUUACUGCCUCCGACUGGGGAGGCAGGGCAUUGCCAUCAUGGCUAGUAGCCAUCAAUAGGCUUAUCCUCCAUGAAUUUGUCUAAUCCUCUUUGAAAGCCAUGCAAUUUGGUGGGCAUUACUGCAUCCUGCAGGAGCGACUUCCAUCGCUUAAUUAUGUGUGAAGAGGUCCUUUCUUUUAUCUGCCCCAAAUCUUCCAACAUUCAGCUUCACUGAAUGUCCACUAGUUAUCGUGCUAUGGGAAAAGAAGAAGAAGAAAAAUCUCUAUGCACUUUCUCCAGGCCAAGUCUAGUUUUAUACACCUCUCUCGUGUCCUCUCUUACUCACCUUUUCUCUAAACUAAAAAGGCAAAACGUUAUUGGACUCCACCUCCCAUCAGCCCCAGCCACUAAGGUCAGGGAUUUCUGAAUUUGGGGGUGGUAGUGGUCUGGCCCCCACAAACCUAUAACACUAUAAUGUGGACACCAUUAAGUCGUCUGUUCCUCCACAGGGAUGUGACAGUGUGGCAUUCUAAAAGACUCAAUAACCAAAUACUUAGGGAGAAGCGGAGGAACUGGAUAUGGGUUUCCAUUUUUGGCAGAAAACCAGCAUUUUGCACCCCAUCUUGCUCCACCUUUAUAAUCCUUUUGGGACGAUAUAAUACCUCUUGGGUAUUAUGCCAACAGCAAUUGUUUUGUUAAAGCGCAUUCUCACCCCACCCCCCGCUUCCCCCGUUAAUUUCACAGCAGAAGUAGUGGUGGAGAAACUAAAGUCAUGGAAAGGUCACCAAAUAACGAUUUAGCUUUUGCUGCUUCAACACACACAACAGCGUUUAUGUAGCGACUCCGAUCUUUGCCUCCCCUGAUCCUUAGCAGAGCCAUACAUCUAAAUAAAUCAGCAGGACAGCAAGCUUAGACUGGUUUAUAUUGGUAGAUUACCCAUCAGCUAAAAGAUGCAAUCAUAUCCACUUACCUGGAGCAAAGUCCCAUUGAACUAUAUGGGAUUUGCCUCCAAAUAAACAUGCAUAGGAUCGCACUGCACAGCAGUAAUUGGGAUGGGCACAUUUUAAUUGGGCUCUGAAUUAAAUGAACACCUGUAGGGCAAUUUUGAUCUAGGUACCCAUGUACAGUAUAAAAUACACAUUCCUGCAAUGAUUUAUUUAAUUUACUGCACAUUUAAUUUAAAAGGUUUUUAGCCUGUCUUUCAGCAAAAGGAUCUUACUAUUAUCAGGAAUGUAUCAUACACAAUUAAAGAUGGCCCUUCUACCUGAUAAUGAAUAUCAAGUUUUGUUUAUUUAGUGCUGGGGCGGAGAACCUGCGCCUCUCCAAAUGUUGCUAGAUAGUUCCCAUCAUACCUGACCAUUGACCAUGUUGACUGGGGUUGAUGGGAGUUGGAGUCUUAACAACACCUAAGUCCUGAAUUACGGGUUAGAUUCAGCCUUCUUCACCCUGGUCCCCUCCAGACACCCUGGAUGACAAUUCCCAUCAUGCUGACUGGGGCAGAUGGGAGCUGUAGUCCAAAACAUCUGGAGGGCACUGUCAUGGACUGGCUGGAUGCAGAGGGAGGCACCAGCUGUGAAACCCCCAAGGGAAGAAGGCUUUGAGCCGGGGAAUUGGUGAUGGGGUGAUGUUGAAUGGUCAGAGGGAGAAGAGGGAGCAGACUGGGAAGAGGAAUUGUCAGAAGCUGAAAGGGUAACAGGGUUUAGUGAGCAGGAAGAUUCUGUGACAGACAGCAGCCCAGAACCAGAUAGAAGCAGAGGCUAGAGAGGCGGGGGGCCAAGAGGCAGACAUGAGGCAGGCUGCUGAAGAAGCCAGUGGGUUUCCCCCUACUGCUGCAACUAGCUCCCCUCCUCCUUGGUCUCCCAGAACCAGAAGAGGUAUGAAGAGGGUGGAGCAAUGACAGACGAGCCAAUGAAGUCUCAGUUUGCCUGGGGUAAGCACCUGGGGGAAGAGGAGACUUAGGGAACUGUGGGGAGGCAGGGACCCUUAGUCCCUACAACUGCCUCAUUGGAGCAAGAUCUACUGAGAAGAGUUGCUGUGCUCACUAGGCCUCCUGAACUGUUUUGUUUCUUUGAAUAAAGAGUUAACUUCACAGACACCCUGUGAGUUAUUGCUGACCUGCUGCCAGCAGGCACCAAGUUGAGGAAGUCUUGGUUAGAUGGUCAGGACUGUCGAGACAGUUCAAAUCCCCACUCUGCUAUAAAGCUCAUGUGGCAACCUUGGGCCAGGCACUCUCAACUCAACCUAAACCUACCUCAGGUGUGGGAAACCUUUAGCUCUCCAGCUGUUGCUGAACUAAACUCCCAGCAGCCCCACCAAACACGGCCAAUAGUGAGGCACGAUGGGAAUCAUAGUUCAGCAAUGUCUGGACGGACAAACGUCCCCCACACCUGCCCUACCACCGAGGGUUGGUUGAGGAUACAGUGGGUGGGAACCCUGUAAACUGCCCUGCUCUACUUCUAGGACAGGUGGGAUAGAAACCAACAAGAACAGCAAGCCUUGGCAUAUUAAAUAUUAAGUUAUCCCCCACUUUUUUCAAAGAGGAAGCUCAAUUUGAGGGCACGGCAAGAUGCAAAGCUACGGAGUUGAACUGAUAUGUCAGCUGAAAAUAAACACCAACCAACUUGAUGGUACCAUCAUCCAACAGCUCCAAAUAAUAUGGCGUUAAUGCUGCUGAUGGUCACGGAAGAGCAAUGAGGGCGGCUUGCCUCACCACUGCAGAAAGGCUCUGUGUUGUUUUAAUUCUGUAAUGCUUAGCUUGGGAAGGAGGAGGAGAAGCCCCUCCCACGCUCUGUUCUCCCCCCUGCUCCUUGCCUUUCAGCCUGCUCUACCCUGCUGCGAUUCCCUUUCCGACAGGGACCCACGCCAACGCUGAUGGAGGGCAGUUCUAGGAACGCCGCUGCUGCCAUGAUCCUGCUGACAUUUGCUAAUCAGCUUUAACCUUAGAUCUACACAUGCACUGUCUGGCUUGCUGUCUUGUCUCCAUGGAGACACACAGCAACCUUUGCUCACAAGCUAAUGGUACCUCCGAAAGCACACACACACACACACACAAACACCACCGAAAAACAAAACCCGCUCUCUCCUUCCUUCCCAUUAGAGCCAGGUGGAUAAGGGGCACUUUGCCCAAUAGAAGGAGCGGGGGACAAGAACCACUUCUGGCUGCAUACACAGUAUACUUUUAAAGCACAGUCCCUUUCAGUAAAAAAGAAUCCUGUAUAGUUUGUUCAAGGCAUUGAAAAUUGUAGCACUGUGGAGGUAAACUACAGUUCCCAUGAUUCUUUGUUUUUCUUUGGGGCUUUAAAAGCACUCUGUGUGUGGUCUAAUUCUUUCCAUACCUUUAUUCUUCUGGAAAGGGGUGUCACUGUUGGCACGUUUGUUUUAUCUUAAAGGAACAGAAUUGCACAGGGAAGAAGCUAGGCGUUCUUAAACUAAUCACGCUGGUUCAAAAUCUCCUACUCAUUUGGACUCAGUUCACUCUAUUAAAAAAAAAUAAAAAUCAACGCUUUUGCUAGCUUAUAAAGCCAGGUGAGCCAUGGAAAUGAGAGCCUUUUCUUGAAUCGGUAACUGAAAGCUCAAGGCAUAAAAUGAGGCUGCUGGUUCAGGCCAGUGGCCCAUCUAGUUCUCACAGGGGAGGGAAGCCCCCUUCUCACCCUCCAUGGGAGAAAUUUAGCAGUCCGCUGGAUGAGAGGCAGAGUUCUCUUUCCUCUGCUAGCCCCUAGCAGGCUUGUCAUCUUUGCAGUCUGGUAACAUUGGUGGGUUUUAUAAAGCUGCCCUAAGCCACAGACCCCUGUUAUGCAAACACAGCGGUUGACAAGGAUUCUGUGCCUUCUCUCCUCCCAAAAAGACUCACCCUCCACAAGUUUACAUGGAAGUAUAUUCCACUGAGUGCCUAGGACUGCAGGGCCAGACCAUUACAUUUUGCUGGAUGAGGAGGAGAUGCACAGUACCUAAGGCUAUGCAUGUUAUUUUGGCACCUCUCCCUAACAGUAAAAAUGAAACAAAACACCGUAAUGAUGCAUUAGAUAAAUAACGAUCUGUUGCCCUUUCAUGAUACCCCAAAUCACCUGACUGGCGCAACCCCCUCCCUCUGCCUAAAGGUAGGAUGAGCUCUAAGAUGUUUUUGUUCACAUCCACACCUUAAAGCACAUGGUUUCCUCCAAAGAAUCCUGGGAACUGUAGUUUGCCCUUCACAGAGCGACCAGAAUGCUUAGCAAGCAAGAGUUCCCAGGAUUCCUUGGGUGAAGUAAUGUGCUUUAAAUAGAUGGUGUGCAUGCAGAGACUUUUGUUCAUAUUUACACUGUAUAUUUAAAGCACAUUUAAACCACAUGCUGCCCCCCAAACAAUCCUGGGAACUGCAGUUUACUCUUCAGUUCCAGCACUUAAACUACAGUUCCUAGGAUUCUUGGGUAGAGGGGAAUGUAGUUUGCUUUAAAUGUAUGCUGUGUACGCAGCCUAAGGAGCCUAAAAUUUGAGGAACUCCAAGCAAAUAUGCUGUUGGGAAGGGAAAGAAUCCAAAUCUUAUUCAUAAUGGUUCUGGUCUUAUCAAGUAUAAAUGUUUUCUUAUCAUAACUUCCAGGGGGGUGGUAAAAGAGGAGAUAAAGGAGUAGGAGGUAAAGAAUUUCAAUCCCAGGGAGGGUUAAAAGCACCUCCCUUUCCCAGAAGUGCCUUGCUUUCCCUCGUCUUCCCUCUCAAAAUUAAUACGGGGAAAGAUGCCCAUUACCUGCUACCAGAUAAUGACUAUGAUUAGGUGGAUCUCUGCCACCAGCCAAGAUCUGAAGGAUUUGCUCAGGGCUCCAGCAGAGGCUGCCACUGCAAAAACAAGAGCCAUAAAAGUGUAAAUAAAAGACUUUGGAAGACAGCUCUGGCCGCCUGGAAAGGGCACAGGCUGAAAGAGCUUUGAUUAUCUUCUGCAGCAGGGCUCUGCGUUUGAGCAUCUGGGUUGAAAGAAAGACACAGACACAAGCCAACCUUGCUUUUUAUCCCAAAUCUGAAUGAGAACCAUUUUGUGGGGUGGGUAGUAAUAAUAGAUAUAGAACACCUGCGUGGUAAUUAAUAAAAGAAUUGGCUGGAUCCCUAGAUCCAAAGCAUGGGGCUAAACACACUCUCCAGCAAAAGAGAGCCGCUGCCCCCAGUAGACACCCACAGGAAGAUCACUGUUUCCUUAUCCUUUAAUUUUUACACAUUUACUCUCAAUCUGCCUUCCAUGCUCCAGGUCACGGAUCUCUUCACAAGUUCCUAUGUUCCAGUCAUGAGUCUUAUUCCACCAAGUUUCAGUAGUGUCUAUUAGGUUGCAUUUGCCAUCAGGUAUUGAGAGACAAAUAAAACCAUGAAUCAUUCCCUCCAACUGCUUUCUUCUUGUAGUUUUCUGACCUUUAGCAGGUUUCUGUAGCACCUCCUCAGUUUCCUGUUGUCAUGGUCCGGCUGGAUGCAGACUCCAACCCUGACAGCUGUGCAUCAGUGAAGAUAUUAUCCUCAGUACCUCCAUGUCAUGGAGGGGGUCCCUAGAGAUAGAAGUUAAUUGGGAAAGGGGAGAGAAAGAGGGCAACCCCCUUCUCCCAAGUGACUCUACUCUAUUUUGCAGUCCUGCUGGGCUUAAGCUUGCAGAAGCUGCAUACACACUCUUCUAUAUUAGGGAAGACUCAAGCAAGCCCACCACCUGGAGGAGCCCAGGCAAAGAUGGAGACUUUAGCUUUCCCAGCCAGACCUGGAGAUACCAAGGAUUACACCUGGGAUCAUCUGCCUUCAAGCAGAUUCUCUACCAGCAUCUGUAAGAACACAAGAACAGCCCUGCCUCCUGCCUCAAAUCCUAGAGAGCUGCUGCUAGCAUCAAAAAUUGUGAAUCAGAUGCACCAAUAGUCUGGCUUGAGAGAAGGCAGAUUCCUAUGUUCCUCUGUUCCAGCCUGGUCCAUGGACUACCGACUGAGCAACAGGAGAUUCACAGUCUUAUAUUUAGUGGCCCAGAGGCACUGGCGGAGGAAAAGGAGUGCAGGGGGAGCGCACCACCCCCGCAGCGCGAUCCCGGUGGGGUGCCAUUGUGGCUGUCCCCCUGCCCACGCUGGGCACCAAGCCACUGCAGGCGACGCGCCAUGCCCCCGGGACACGUGCCAGCCGUGCCCCCGCCUGCUAUCCGCCCCCUGGUGCCAGAGCGUGAAUAAUAAUAAAAAAAAUAAUUUAUUAUUUAUACCCCGCCCAUCUGGCUGGGUUUCCCCAGCCACUCUGGGCGGCUUUCAACAGAAUAUUAAAAUACAAUCAUCUAUUAAAUAUUAAAAGCUUCCCUAAGCAGGGCUGCCUUCAGAUGUCUUCUAAAAGUCUGGUAGUUGUUCUUCUCUUUGAUAUCUGGUGGGAGGGCAUUCCACAGGGUGGGUGCCACUACCAAGAAGGCCCUCUGCCUGGUUCCCUGUAACUUGGCUUCUCACAGUGAGGGAACCGCCAGAAGGCCCUUGGCGCUGGACCUCAGUGUCUGGGCAGAACGAUGGGGGUAGAGAUGCUCCUUCAGGUAUACUGGACCAAAGCCAUUUAGGGCUCCGCCACUGCCUAGAGGUCUACAUGGCUGGCAAUCCCCAGACCGGGAGAUUUACCUUCUGGUGGUCCAGCUCCUAAGAGAACAGGAUGUAGCUGUUCAGGAGGUCCCUCUCUGUCGUGCCAGACACUGGCACUGCGUUUUCAUCUGUUUGUGGGGAGCCUGCCAAAGCUGUGCACUUAUUUGGUGAUGACCUGUCCCAUUUUCAAGCCUUCUCUCCCCACACUGUCCAUGGGCAAGCAAAGAAAAAACAGAUGACAGAGCCCUUUCCAAGGGUAGCAACUUAUGCUGUGCUUAAAGGAGAUGGACAGGCAAAUAGGUUGUGUUAACUUACAUGCAGAGAGGCGAAUUUAGACAGUUACCACAAUUCAAACAGAAACACAAUGCAUCUCCCCAUAGUGAGAAAGACUGUGACCAGGAGCACGGUGUGCCUCGCUCAGUCUAAUGCCCAGGUGCUCUCUGUUGAUGGGUGACAUCAAGCCGUCCUCACUCUCCCUACUCAGGGUUCCUAAUCUUUAAACCAGCCUUGAACUGUAGUCUAACUUAUAUUUUAAUCAACUGGUUUUUUUGUUUUGUUUUUUUAAAAAUGUUUUUACUGUAGUUACAUUCAGUGUUAGCCGCCCUGAGCUCGGUCUUGGCCGGGGAGGGCAGGGUAUAAAUAAAAUAAUAAUAAUAAUAAUAAUAAUUAUUAUUAUUAUUAUUAUUAUUAUUAUUAUUAUAUUGAAACAGACAGCUGUUCAAACAGAAGACUGUCGUGCAGAAGGGCUUCAAAUUCUGUGCUCUGUAAAGUGAAGCACAUGAACACCCCAGCUUCAUUUCAUAUCCAUCUUCUCCAUUUUUCUCUUAAGUAGCUAUUUAUGGGGCUGCAGUUCUCUUUCCCUUUCUCCCACUCCGGUCUGCAUGUUGCACCACCUGCCUGAAGUGGCUUCCCUUUCCCAGCCAAGUUCUACCACAGUGCAGGCCAAUGCAGGAGGCUGUUGGGAUACCUGAGGAUUCUGAUGGAAAUGGGAGCGAAAUUUGUCAAUGUUGGCUUAUUUGCACCAUGUUCAGAACGGAAACCAAGCAAUCAGUGUUUGCAGUUUUCGUCAGUCCACAAAUGAUGCAUAAAAAUGAUGAGGAAUAAGGCAAUCAUAAUGUAAUGAUAACAUGAUUGCGUAAAAUUUCGCCAUAGCCAGCAGUGAGACAAGUAACGUAGCUUUUGCUGGAAACUGAACUGCAGUGGAACACAAGCAGUGUUGCAGGCGAUAGAUAGAAGAUGAAAUUGAAAGUGAUGCCUUCUGGCGUUUCUAGGUGGCAGAUCCUAGGGCACCACAAAAGGAAAUUGCCAAUCAUUUUGUUGAUUGUUAUAUUUUUAGCACAAUGGGGAGAUUUUCUCCUUCAAACACCAAUAUAUCAUGGGUGCUUCACCUAGUUAUGCAGAAUAUGGAAUUCUGGCAGAGCUUUUCUUACCUUUGCAGCACUGAUGUGAUAAACUACGCCCUGUCAAAAUCCCUUCUCCUACACAACUAUUAAAGAGACAGGAUCUCCAUCCUGAAUUGUAUCUAGUGGUCUCUUUCCUCCUACGGCUGUUGGGUCCAAGCCCAUCUAGCUGUCUGAAUCAGUCAAUGAAUGGAUUAACUGUUGCUGAAAAUGCAGCAUGUUUAGUUGACAAAAAAAAAAAUCUUUAUUCGGCUGACAGCCCAGAAAACUUUGCAGCUUGCAGAAGGGCAGGAGGGGGGUCGUUGCAGAGUGAGAAGAAGAGGGAAACGGGAGCAAGAUAAAUCCAUUUUCAGUGGGCGAAUGCAUUCUCUCACUGGGAACCUCUCUCACGCAUGCUGGGGGUUGGGGAGGGGCUCUCUGCAGGAUUUGUCAUCCCCUCCUAACGAGGAGAUGGAUCCCAUGCAGUAGCAGGAGUAUUAAAAUAGUGCUUGUCUGUUCCAGCUGGACCCUGGAGCUCCUGGGUCUGGGAGACCACAGUGGAGACCAGCAGCUCCUUUCAGUCUCCAUGGGGUGUGUGAUAAGAACCACCACCAAGUGGGUGCAGGAGGGUUGUUGAUUGAACAAGAAUUUAUUGGGUGCACUUGGGAAAGUGUCCAAAGGGAAGAGUUUGUCACUUAAUUGAUUAAAUACCAAUAUUUAGAAUCUGUACUACAUACAUAAAACCAGCAGCAUACACACAACCACUAGAUUUCCAACAUAUAGUCACAUAAUGUUCCUAUUAGUGUCUACGGGGCCAAUGUUAUCCAGUACCCCAAAAAUGUGAAAGUGCUCCUUGUUUCCAUGAAUAAAUUCUCAGGCAGUCUUCCUCCUCUGACGCUUACUGUAUUCAUUAAGUUGACCAAGCCUACAAUUUCCUGCACUUCAAUAAUCCAUUUUUCCAAAGCUGGUGUUCCCAUUCCCUGCAAACACCUCCCCCUCCCCCCGUUGUAACAAACGGUUAUUGUAGAAGAAGUUGGCAAAUGUUGGACUAAUUUUAUUUUUUUUAAUCCUGUACCAACACUAGUUCUUUCAUAUAGUCAAAGAAGAUAAUUAAAAGGUCCGUGGGUGGUAUAUAUGCGAGGCAUAAGCAAACUCUGGCCCUUCAGAUGUUUGGGACUACAAUUCCCAUCAUCCCUAGCUAACAGGACCAGUGGUCAGGGAUGAUGGGAAUUGUAGUCCCGUCCCAAACAUCUGGAGGGCCAGAGUUUGCCUGUGCUUGAUAUAUGCUAUUAUUAUUUCAUUUCCCCUUAUUUUGUAAACCUCUUUGAGGUUUUUUUUAAAAAGAAAACAACCAAAUAGUAUAUAAAUUUCAUGAAAUAAAUAAAUAAAUUUGAGGGAGGCAUGAAGCAGGGGAAAUUGUGGUGCACGAUCGUAAAUCCUUGCACAAGGGCGCUUGUGGCUUCUUGCAUUCCAUCAUCCUGCAUUAAGCACAGGUUGAACGCAUGACAAAAGCACAAGCCUUCUUACUUACAAACCAGUCCAGGGAGGUGGCCUCCUUACUCUCAGUGCUGGCCUUGAAGAACUCACCAGGAAGGAAGACAGGGACCAAAGAAGAAUUAGUUGGCUCUGCCAGCAAUUGGCUCAAUGUUCUGUUGGCUGCCCUACCAGUCCUAAAGGGCACCAGCCACCACCGCUGCUGAUUAAAAUAAAAACAAUUAGCCGGAAGUUAAGUUCCCAAACAUUUCUAGGGUUUUCUGUCAACCUAACACAAAUAAAAGAUUAAAUGCCGAGACACCAAGGUUAUAAUAAUAACAACUAGUUGGGCUGGAGUGUGGACCCAUCGCAGAUGGCCAACCGUACCAACUCUGACAGUCAGUGCCAGACACACUUCUCUGGGCAAAGACUUCCAAAGAGAGGGUUCAACAACUGGAGUGGCAGUGGAAUCUGUCUCAAGACAGAGCCAGCCUUACCCAAGUUAUUUGCCUCCUUCCAGCCUGAUAUCACAACUCAAGAGCAGAAAGCACCCACGCCCCGUGUUAAAAGCACAUGGAGGGGAUGUAAAAAGGUAAAGGUAAAGGGACCCCUGACCAUUAGGUCCAGUUGUGACCGACUCUGGGGUUGUGGCGCUCAUCUCGCUUUAUUGGCCGAGGGAGCCGGAGUACAGCUUCCGGGUCAUGUGGCCAGCAUGACUAAGCCGCUUCUGGUGAACCAGAGCAGCGCACGGAAACACUGUUUACCUUCCCACCGGAGCGGUACCUAUUUAUCUACUUGCACUUUGACGUGCUUUCAAACUACAAUAUAACAACUCGAGAUUAAUUCCUCUUUCUUGCCCCAACACCCCAGACAGGAGCAUUUUUUCAGAAACACUGGGCUUGUCCCUAGAGCAAAACAUAGAUUUGCACCAGCCUGUCUCACCAUUUUAAAGUAUGUCCAUGUGACGUCCUUGCCGCCACAGCAUUGUCCCUGAUAUUUUCCCCUUUAAAUGCAGAGUUUUUCAAUCCUGGCCAUUUCAAACUUUCCAAGGAUUGAAAAAACCCCCACAUUUAAAGGGGGAACUGGUCUGGGAUAAUUCUGGCAUGGGGAAGACAUCAUGUGGACAUCCUCACAUCAAUUGGGAAACAAGCACGUGCAAAUCCGCAAAUCCGCAUUUUGCUCUGGUAUGGACAAGCCAGGUGUCAGACUUGAGCUAUUUAGAAUAGCCUUUUUCAGAGCAAGGUCAAACUGACUGAGGGUUUGGUUUUUUUUACAGAUUUUUAUCAGGUGUUACCUGCCUUCCCUUUGUUUAAAUGGCAUUAUUAGCUAUGUUUGUUGUGGAUUAUUAUUUCCCUACCCAAUAAGGCCCAGAGAUAGGCAAAGUAUUUAAACAAACAGCCUAGAAGAAAAAUAAAGAAAUACACAUCGCUAUAUCUCAGUUAACAUGGUGAGUCUAUAGACAUAUCUACACCAAUGUAUGUCCCAUGGAGCUAAACAGGACUCACUCCCAGGCAAGAGGGUCCAGUCACCAGCAUCUUCAGGUAUGGCUGGGAACAUCUCCUGCCUGAAAUGCUGCUGCCAGUCUGUGUAAACAAUAUGGAGCUAUAUAGACCAAGGAUAUAAGACAGCUUCCUCAGCCAACAGCGGACAAAAUCACUCCGCUUGGGGCUGCAAAGUCCCAUUGUUUCCUUGUUUCAAAAAUCCACACCUGCCCCUACCUGUUUUUUCAGUGAUGUCACCAGUACCAACGCAAAACAAAAACAAAAACAUUUCUCCAAGGAAGGGAAGCUUUGCAAUUAAAACCUGGUGUUUAAAAGGACCUCUUUCUAUUUCAGUAAACUGCCUCUGUGUCUCUGGUAGCUUCUCCUUUCUCUUGCCCGGAGCCCAGGCUGCACAGGGACAAAGCAGAAUGCUUUCGUGUGUGCAUUGUUGACAAGCCUUCAGCUUUCUGCUCUGGCCAAACAAGUGGAAGGAAAAGUCAGGUGAGAAAAAAAGAGGCAACUAGGGAACUGAAGGAACAGAAGCCGGGUUGGCGGGGGGGGGGGGGGUGGCUCGGCUGUUUUGCGUUCAGUCGUCCUCUCUCCCUCUCUCUGUUGGGUUGCAUGUGGGUGUUUUAGCAUUUCCUCUCUCCGUGAUGCCGCCCCCCCUCCACCCCGCCGCAAUCUCAUGCCUUCCAGGUCUGGCUCUCUGGCUGGUGAUUGGCUGCUAAGCCUGGCAAGGCAGGCUGUGUCCUACCUACAGGGUGCAGAUGUAUGUAAGCGCUCGAGAGACUGGCUGUCAAUAGCCCAGGGCUGCUGGACCACAUCUUGCUGGGGUUUCCUAAGGUCACCGAGGAAAAACAAAAAUAACCCAGGACUCCUCCAGACUUUAUUGAGCAUUCAUCCUGGUUUGCUUGCACAAAUUUGUGCAGUGUCUGGUCUUUCUUAAGCAGUUUGUUCUUAUUUUUUUUAAUGGGGAAGUUAUAGUAAUACAACAGGCAUCCGUCCUGUUAUCAAGGGGCUGUGAGCUAUGCGGACCCUCCAUGUUCAGAAGCAGCCUACUCCCGAGUAGGAGAUGCCGGGAGUCAACAGGAGCAAAGGGUUGUUGCCUUCAUGCCCCACUUGCGAGCGUCACAGAAGCAUUUGACAGUCGCUGUCCCCUACUGGAAACAGAACACUGGUCGAGACUGGGUAACCAACAUGGUGCUCUCCAAAUGUUGCUAUACUACAACUCCCAUCAUCUCUGACCACUGGCCACAGCAUCUGGAGGGCAACUCUGAUUCAGUUUUGCGAGUCCGGCUCUCCUUGCGUCCUAGCUUUCUUGCCCAAACUAACUGCAUACCCUCCAACAUUUCUCCGAUGAAAAUAGGGACGUCCUAUUCCACAAUAUAUAUUUUUUUACUUUUUAACCCCACCCGUCUGACCGGGUUGCCCCAGACACUCUGGGUGGCUUCCAAUAGAUAUAAAAACACAACAAAACUUUAAACAUUUAAAAACUUUUCUAUACAGGGCUGCCUUCAGAUGGCUCGGGGGUCAGAUAACUCCAUACCCUCCAACAGUUCUCCAGUGAAAAUAGGGACACCCUAAGGAAAAGUGGGACGUUCCAGGAUGAGAUGAGAAACCGGGAUGACUUCUAUAAAUCCAGGACUGUCCCUGCAAAACAGGGACACUUGGAAGAUCUGUAAACGACAGUGUGGGAAGGGCCCCGACUAAUGAGAGCAGGGACAGGCGGCCUCAUUUGCAGUUUACUGAAGGACCUUUGCUAGCACAGGCUGGAGGAUUUCCCUCAGGCGACAUGAAAGCCUGCUGCUCCCGCAGCUUGCAAGGGCCUGAAAGAGAGGUUGCUGGCCCUGAUCGGUAUGAUCAGCAGUCCUCUAGCUGACACAAAACAACAUUUCUGCUGCUGCAGCCUUGGAAGCUCUCUGGCACGGCAGAUCAUUCAUCACAGCAAGAGGGAAGUCGUAAGCACAAACAAACAAAAUGGCCCCCAGUGGCACUCCUAGCCUAGGCGGAAACCACAUUUCCAGCUUCAUGGCGGCCUAGUCCCAAAACAAAACAAAAUGGAGGAGGAGGAGGAGGAAGAGGAUCAGAUCCCCGGCUUGGAUCUGGUCUGGUAUCACCACCAGAGAGUGUAAUUGCUCCUCACUUGCAAAACUCAUUUUGGGGAGCCGAGGGUCCAGAGCAAACGCCUCUGGCAGAAUGAGGAACCAAGUGAAGCCGCAGUGCGCUUGUCCUAAUUUCUCCUCUCUUGCACUUCACACUGCAGAUGGCUCUCCCAGCCGGGUGAAUCCCACAAGAGAAUGAUUUAACGUCUACGUGAGAUGCAGCAUUCCAACAAACGCAGCUAUGCACAGCAUAGAGACGCAAGGAUAUGAGGGGCAGCUUCACCUGUUGGUGCGCUGCCUGUCACGUGUCUAUUAAAAGAGCAGCAGUCCUUUCAUGAACUUGAUUAAAAAAAAAAAAAACAGCCAACACCUUGGUCAGUGAUUUCCCUCUAGAAGCAUUUAUCUGUUGUCUCUUUAAGACUCACCUGGGAUAUCCAGAACCACCGCAGAACCUUCCAGCAGUAACUGGAAGUCUGGCUCCUUAUAUACAUUCACCUGGUUAAACAGUAGCAUACACUGCUGUCCAAAAAAGGAAGACAAAAUGUAUCACCAAAAGAAGAGGACAAAAGGACAAGAGAUCUACAUAACAUUUGCAUGUGCUAAUAGAUGCAAAUGUAUACAUCACUAUGAUUUUGAUAGAAAUAGUUCUCACCAUAGUGGGGAUCCUAGGUGUCUGCUCAGCCUGCUGUCCUAGUGCUAAUAGUUGAUGGGCGACAGAAAAUCCCCUCCUGCUCUCCCUUCUUAAGAACAGAGGAAGUGCUCUUGUACUGAGCCAGACCACUGCUCUGUUGAGCUCAGUAUUGUCCACAAUGAGCGGCAGCAGCUCUCCAGGGUUUCAGGCAGGAAACUCUCAGGCUUAUCUGAGACACUGCAGAUUGAACCAUGCAGUUCUUUAUCUUUAAACCAAACUUGAACCAGACACCCCUUCAUAGGAACUGAGGAAGCUGCCUUGUACCAAGUCAGACCACUAGCACUGUACUGUCUACACGGUUUGGCCAGGGUUUCAUGCAGGAAUCUCUGCAAGCCCUACCUGAACUUGCCUGGGAUUGUACCAGGGACCUUCUGCAUGCAACGCAGACUCUCUAAUCAGUGAGCUACGUACCUUCCCCAUAAAAGUUAGGAUGCCUACAAAUAGAAAACUGUCCCUUAGCAUCCCUUCAAAUUGGAGGAUUGCCCUCUGUAGCAAGACACAACUUUUGCAGCUGAAGUAGCAGUUGCCUGGCAAGCAGACAGACAAAGCCUUCACAAAUUAUUAGAUCAUAGAACUGUAGAGUUGGAAAUGACCCUGAGGGUCAUCUAGUCCAACCCCCUGCAAUGCAGGCAUCUCAACACACCAUCCCCCAUCCAAUUUGAAACCAUACCAAACCCUGCUUAGCUUUGCAAAUGGGCUAGCAGUUUUAUUGCUGCACCACUAGCAGGCCUCACCACAAAUGUUUUUAGCAGGGCUAUACCACUAGGGGAGGGGCUUCCCCUCCCAUUCUGUGAGCGUUUCACAAGGCUGAUUUACAGCAAACUCCUUUGCAUGUUUACUCAGAAGUCAACCCCAGUCUAUUCAAUGGGUCUUACUCCCAGUUAGGUGUUGCCACAGGAUUGCAGUAGUAGCUUGAUAGGCUACUUUUCAGGAGAGAAAAGAGGCAACAUUCUGCUGAUUUUUUGUUUUUGUUUUGUUUAGACCAAGGAAGAUAGAGCUCUAACCUCUACAUUAAAAUAAAGAAUAAAAAGUCUUAAAUAAUCAUAAUGGUUCUAUAACAUGGUAUGCUUAAAAAUUCAAAGGAGCCUUAAAUGCUGCUCCAUGUGAAAUGUGCAGUUGUGUUACCGGCUGCUGCAACCCAAUAAAAUCCUUGUUUGAGAGAAGCCAACUGCAGCUUGGCGGUGGGGGUCAUGUAUUUCCUUUUGCUGGCAGGGACCAGAGUGUGCUUCUCUUCUGCUCUCCACUCCAAGGACAACUUACGGCUCGGUAGAAAUGUAGAGAAUUCCAACGAAAACAGAAAGAGGAGUGGAAAUGGUCAAUUUUCACUUAUUUGCCUGUGUCUGGAAUGGAAAUCAGUCCAGCAAAUUUGAUGGGCACUGGUUGCCAUUGCUGCUUUCACUCCACCAACAAGACAUUAAUUGAUUGCUCCCCCCUAUUUGCAUUUAGUUUGUAUUGAAAUGGAGGUGGAACAAACUAAUUUACGUACAUUAUGGGACAAAUAACAUUUUGGGGGCAGAAGGCAAACUGUAGUGGCAUGGAAACAGUGCUGCUUGCGACAAAAUUCAGGGAACAGAAUAAGGUGCCUUCUUACAAUCCUUUUGCUGGGUCACACAGCCCCCCUGGAUAGCUGCCCUCGCCAUUGCAUCACAACAUUGCUCCAGGAUUGGAACAGGCAGAAAAAUCAGAGUCAUCUGUAGUAUGAUUUUUCAUCCUAUUUCUUAUUACAUCAGAACAGAAUGUGCUUGAUCAUAAUUGGGUCUGCCUGAAUAAUGCCCCACCCCCUUUUGUUCUUGCAUCAGGGGUCUCCUUUAACCAAACGUUCCCUUCCUGAAAAGAAGGGAAAUGGGCAGCAGGCGGACCUGUCAGAGAUGUCCUCCUAGCAGCACUGCUGAGUGAGCUGGGAGAGGAGAGCUAAUAAUUGCUCCGAUUAGGCAGAAUUCCCAGCAACAGAGGUUUCUUCUUUGCUGUCCCCCCACCGCCUUUCAGCGAUAACCAAGAAUAAUAUAAUCCCCCUAAUCCCUUCCCUUAGGAGAUUGUGUUCUGCACACAAGGCAGGAAAUGGUGGACAGCUUCUGCCUCCACCGAUAACUCCAGCAAUUUGGGCCCCCGUGGAAAAUAAAUGCCUUGAGUUGCUUUUUUUUCUUUUUUUUUAACAAUUUGCUCUCUCAUGAUCUCCAUGGAUGCAGGAUCCCUUUGAACCCCCUCUCCCUACCUACACCUUUGCUAGCCUCCACAGGGUGACAUUCUGCAAGCUGAUGCAAAAGCAGAGACAACCCCAGCCCACUCACUGUUGCACCAGACGUGAGAUUCCCUUAGAGCAAGGAAGGGGAACCUAAGGAGCUGCUUAGGAUUGAAUUAAGAAAGGUCACAUCCACGCCAUGCUUUUAAAGCACAGCACUGCCUCCCCCAAGAAUCCUGGGAAUUGUAGUUUACCCCUUUACAGAAGCACACGUCCUGGGGGUCUGUAACAAAUUACAGUUCCUAGGAUUCUUGGGGGAAGCCAUGUAUUUUAAUUGUAUGAGCCUGGAGGUGACCAAAGUUUGAUAAAUACGAUAUCCACUGGAGAGUGCAAGUAUUAGGGCUUGCAAUGAGACCUUAAAACCUUUUAGAUCAGAGCUAUUUAGCAGCUCACAUUUAGUGACUGUUUCUUGAUCACCCAACCAGUUCUGCACUUCUCAGCAUUCUGCCUAACCCUGAAAUCACUCUGGUGAUUCAGGGCCAAUUCAUAUGCACAUGGCAGGAGGGUAACCAGAUGCAAAACAGGGCUCCGCCACCUGUGUAGAAGAUGUAUGUAGCUUGUCCUGCAAGCAUAACCUGCUGAAAUUUCCUCUUCCACAUAAUUAUUAAAGGUGCAGAAGCCCCAGAUUUCCACAUUCCACAUAACUAUUAAAGGUGCACGAGCCCUUUACUAUUUUGCAUAUGAUCAUCCAAUGUGAAGGCAAGAUGCCCUAUGUUAGGGUUUAGGGAACCUUGGGCCCUCCAGUGGUUGCUGAACAACAACUCCCAUCAGCCUCAGCAAGCUUGGCCAAUAGCCAGGGGUGAUGGAAGCUGUAGUUCAGAAACAGCUGUGGGGGGCAAAGGUUCCCCACAUCUGCCACAGGUGCAGUGGAAUGCACUAGGGAUGUUUAGGGGCAUAAAUUCAGUGGGACGUCUUCCCAAGCUGUGUUGUGCAUGCAUCAGACACGCCUGCUUUUUCAAGUGUCAGAGAAAAGCAAUGUGUUUUCUUGGGGAAUUACUGCCUGAUCCUGGGCACAUAUAUUCCACUGAGUGCUCAGAACUGCAUCCUUAGAACAAGGACACACCAAUACAUUUUGCAGGAUGAGGAGGGGAUGCAGAGGCUAGACACUCUAUUUUGGCACCUGACGCAGAAAACCCCCCAAAGUACCUCUCCUUGGCAGGAAACAAAAGCCAGCAAUAAGACAUUAGACAAGUAGCCAUUUGCUGCUGUUUUCAUCAGUGGUGGAUUUCUGGUUGGUGGGGCUCUGUGCACAACGCUUUUUAAGGGCCUUAUUCAUGGCAACCUAAACAUAAACACUGAUAUUUCCAAAUUAAGGAUAUACGAGGAGAAUAAUCAGGAAAAAGCGGGUAUGAUUAUUAUGGUGCCUCUGCACUGGGCUCCCCCCACUCCAACAGUUUGGGAGCAAUCUCUGUUAUAUGGAGUGCAGGAAAGCAUUGCCACAUCCUCCCUUCACCCUCAUGUUCCAACCUCUAAGGUAGCUGCCUGCUCCACAUACAAGCAGAACCAAAACAAACACAGCAGCAAAAAGACAAUUGCUGGAUUCCCAUGUUUCUUCCUCCUCCACCACCCUUUCCAAAUAUCCCCUCAAGCAGCUGCCUGCUAUGUACCUGGCAGGCAGCAAAAUGAGCAACAUGUGAUUCUCAUGCUUUCCACACCCCAGAAGAAGCUUUUUUAAAAAGUAGAUGCCGCCUAGUGCUCCAUGUGGCUGACAGGCAGCAAAACAAAAUGAAUCAAGCAGAAAAUAGGUGGAUCCUGUGCUUUUUCAUUUACCACAUUCCAAAAACUCCUCCAUAGCCAGAGCAGCUGCCUGCUGCUUGCUCCAUCUGGCCAGCGGGCAGCAAGGCAAAGGAGAGGCAAAUAGAGAUUUAUCUACCAGGUCCCGAUUCUCAUUUAAAUACAGAUUCAGUACCACAAGCUCUGGAGACAUUGUGACACGCUGAUAUGUAAUGUUACGUAUCUCAUUAAACAGUUAUUCCCCCAAAUUUGCCACUGUGGGACAUGUCCACCCGAAGUACCUAUCCUCUCCCCCCACAUCCUCACCAGCACAUAGAUGAAGUACAUUUAUACAGAUACGGAAGUUUGCAUUUAAAGGCAAAUCUACCCAUUUCCAAAACAACAUGAGAACAAAAAACAGCCACCCUUCAAAAUUCACACUCAUCUGAAUUUUGCGAUGCAGUUCUCCAACCAGUCAAUGUGUACAAAAAUGCAUCUAUUACGGGGAAGUGUGCAUAAAAAAGAAUCUAUUCAUUAAAAAUAACAGGAAAAUGCAUUAUAUUAGGAGCUAUUGCUUGCAAACAAUGUGAGUGUUAGUCAUACCCUGCUCUGAUGGAGACAGCGAGUGGAACAGCAACUGGAAUAUAUUCUUGUUCUUGAUAUGAUUAUAUCCAAUAUAUAAUUUUAUUAGUAUAUAUUGUCUUACAAUACAUUAUACAACUAAAGUAUGCUUUGAGUGUUACAGUGGUACCUCGGUUUAAGAACAGCCCUGUUUACGAACUACAGUGGUACCUCAGGUUACAUACGCUUUAGGUUACAGACUCCGCUAACCCAGAAAUAGUACUUAAGAACUUUGCUCCAGGAUGAGAACAGAAAUCGUGUGGCGGCAACGCGGCAGCAGCAGGAGGUCCCAUUAGCUAAAGCGGUGCUUUGGGUUAAGAACAGUUUCAGGUUAAGAAUGGACCUCCGGAACGAAUUAAAUACGUAACCAGAGGUACCACUGUAUUUGGUUUAAGAACUCUGCAAAACCGGAAGUAGUGUCCCGGUUUGCGAAGUUUACUUCGGUCUAAGAAUGGAAGCCAAAUGGUGGAAGGGCACCGGCACUGGGAGGCCUCAUUAGGGAAAGCACACCUCGAUUUAAGAAAAGACUUCCGGGACAAACUAAGUCCGUAAACCAAGGUACCAUUGUAUUUGAAUAGAACAGCAGGGUGGAUGGAGUAUUAACUCUCAUCUUAAUCAGUAAUCUUUUUGUAGUGUGAAUAUGAAACCUCCUUGUGCCAUGCUGUUUGUCUGCAUUACAAAUGCCUCCCUUUUGCCCUUCUCGCCCACAUUGAUCCAGUGUUCACAGAAAUAGCCUAGUGCACAAAGAGAGGCCGGGAAGUGUCAUUUUUAAAAGAAAAGAAAAAUUGCACAUGAGGCCACUCUUAAGAAGCUGCUCCUACCGGCCAAUUUGCUUCCAAUGUCCUAAAGCCCACGAGAUUAACUUUCUGGCCAUUCCACCCCACUCUCCUUAAUCUUUCUUGUGUUGUCGCCAGAGCCUUCAAUUGGCAACCGGUACAGAAAUGGGGGCUGCAAGACGGUGGCCAUCCUCUCUGCUCUGCUCUUGAGACGCCAUCAGCACAAUGAACCCUUUGCUGGGAGCCCCUUGGCUGCCUGCAAUGGCACAGACGCGGCUGGAGAUUUUAGCUGCCUGGGUGAGGCGGAUGAGAAGAGUCAGAUGGAGGAGCUGCAGAACCACACAUCAGGCCUCUGCCAGUCUCUUCCUCUCAAUGACAUACCCUUAUCUCACUUCCACUCGAUUUGCUGUCUGCUCUUAGUAGCCAUGUGCAAGAGUCCAUACCCAAGAUCAUCUGUCACAGAUUAG